ACGAUAACUGCAUGAAUAUGCGCCCCGGUACCACUAUAGUACCACACAGAACACUGGUGAUGUUUCAGUAGGUAUUGUUAAACAAAUGAUAAAAAUGAAUAUUGAUUUAGAUAUUUUAGCAAUAAGCUAGUAUUUAAAUAUCAAUAAUCAAUAUUUAUUCCUUCAAAUUUAAGUAUUCCUGCCCCAGCCACUUCAAAUUGGCUGAACAGGCUGUCACCUAGGCAAGGUCAUGCUGCACCGGCCUCAGAAAGAAGAGAGCAUUGCUCUUUUGGAGCACAGCGACGAUGACGACGGACCAGUAUCUGGCGGCCGUCGCGUUGAGUACGACGCAGCGCUGUCGGCGGCCGGGUUCGGUCGCUUCCAGUACUGGCUGGUGCUGACCAUCGGAUGGGCCAAUGCCGCCGACGCUGUGGAGCUGCUGAGUGUGUCGUCGCUGCUGCCGGCGGCCGAGUGUGACCUCCAGAUGACGGCCGAGCAGAAAGGAUACCUGACCGCCUCCUCGUUCAUCGGUCUGAUGGUCGGCGGCUGCGUUUGGGGCGGUCUCGGUGACGCCAUCGGACGGAAGGCCACGCUGGUCUCUGCGCUCCUCUUUAACGCCUUCUUCGGUCUGGUCUCCUCGCUGAUGCAGAGCUUCUGGCCUUUCCUGGCGUGUCGCUUCCUCAGCGGAGUCGGGGUGGGCGGUGCCACACCGCUGGUGUUCGCCUAUUUCUCCGAGUUUUCACCGAGCGAAUAUCGGGGGAGGAUGAUUGCCGUUGUCUCCUACUUCUGGAUCAUCGGAAACACGCUGGUAGCAGGUAUGGCCUGGCUAAUGAUCCCCGCCGAUAUUGGGUGGACAGAAGGACCGUUCAAGUACAACUCAUGGCGCAUAUUUGUCCUCUUCGCCACGCUGCCCAGCUUCCUGUCAGCGCUGGCUCUGACGCGGUUCCCCCGGAGCCCCAAGUUUCUGCUGGCCGAGGGCCGCGACACAGAGGCCCUGGAGAUUCUGCGAGAGGUGCACCGUAUCAACGCGCAUGGGAAGGUCGGCGAUUACCCGGUGUCCAGUCUGGAGCAGGUGCGUCACGAGGACUCGCGGCGCCGCCAGUCGGCCGGCGAUGUUCUCCGUGUGAUGAUAGGGAACGUGGCCGACCUGUUCAGAACCUGCCUGCGCCCGCUGGUCGUUCUGCUCGGCAUAGAGUUCGCCAUACAGUUCGGCUACUACGGCCUCUGGGUGUGGUUUCCGGAGCUGUUCAACCGUCUCGAGCAGUACCAGGAGGCUCACCCGUCGGCCGCGCCGGCCGCCAUGUGUGAUAUCAUAGACGCUUCGGUGAACGGCACGGCGGUCGACCCGUGCGCCGCUGCCGCCAGUCCCAGCGCCUAUAUGGAUGAGUUCAUAGUGGCCGCGGCGCCGGCCCUGCUCAAUAUGUGGACCAUCUUCCACAUGGAUAAACUCGGCAGGAAGUUCUUUCUCGUGAUCGGCCUAGCCAUGUCGAGUGGCAGCGUCUUUCUCAUCUACCUGGUGAAGAAGACGUGGCAGAACCUGGCGCUGUCCUGUCUGUUCGGCUCCGUCUCCAACCUCAGCUUCAGCGCCAUCAACUGCGUGUCGGCAGAGCUGUUCCCCACACAUCUCCGGUCGACAGCUAUCGCUGUGCUGAUGCUGGUGGCCCGUAUCGGCGCCAUAGCCGGUCAGGCUGUGUUCGGGGAGCUUCUGUACCUCAACUGCGCCAUACCUAUACUGAUGGUGGCCGCUCUCCUCAUGGGUGGCGCCUUGCUAUCGUGUCUCCUGCCUAAGACGGACGGCGCCAAGCUGCCCGAGUGAUUCCGUUAGGGACCGGUCUGAGGUCACUGACGGCUCCCGUAUGGACCACCUAUUCGGAACUUUUCGGAGUCGACAGACAAGAGGGCCCUGCAGGUCAGCUGGCCAUACGGGGAGCGAGGCAGCGGGCGGGCUUGUCGGGAUGAAGGCCGGAACUGUCCCACCUUCUCGCCAUUCCUGGCUCGCCAUUUUGUGUUGAUCGGGUAGGGCACGGGGUUAGGUGAACGACUGGCCAACUCUGGCUUAACUCCUCAGGGUAGAUGGAGCCACCGUCGGCGGCUCAGAAAAGGACUGGACACAUAAGGGUAUAUGCUACGUACAAUUGCUCUCCCGGUCCCUCUGGUAGGCGACUUGAGGUCGAUGAUUAAGAAUAAUUGACAAGCUUGUGCCAUGACGUCAUAACUCGUCACACACAUGUGAUUGUAUUCAUCCGUUGGCUCCCACCGAGCGCAGCUUUCUUUUGAGUGCCUUCGGCUGAUUGCAGUCCCAGCUUGGGAACACUUCGGGUCCCACAGUGAGAAAAAAACAGUCAUGAGUCUGGACUAGGGUCUAGGAGAGUCUGGUUGGGGUCCGGUACGCUCUGAAUAGUCCACAAGGCAUUCCCUCGGGGAUAGAGAGCUGGAUGAGCUUUUAUCAUAUCGCAGUGACUGCUAACCGAACAGUAUGCUACACUUUCUACACAAUUGAGUGAGGUUUCGCUGUGCCUCCGAUUCAGUAUUUUGUUUUGUGUUUUUAAAUGAAAAUGUGCUAUUAUUCAUGAUAGUUAUGAAUAAGUAGGUGAAAAACUGACAAGUCUUAUGCAGAAGAAAACAUCAGCUUAUAGUUUAUUUUAAUGUGAAUAUCGGUUCUUACAAAGUGCCUUUUCUUGCAUUGUUUCUUUAUAUUCAUUAUUGGUAGAGUUUUCGACUCUCUCACUGCAUUUCCAACUCCAAGGGACCAAAUAAGGAAGAGUUGUGAGCUAUAGGGCUGAACCUUCUCACUCGUAUUCAAGGUUUGUCGUUCACAUGGCAGGGAAAGAGGAGGCACUUGAUAAUAUUGAAUAGCCUAUCAGAAGAGCCGAGACAUCUUAGUGGCCUCCUGGCUCAGGUAUCUGAUGCUAGAGCACGGAAUGGCCGUCCGCCACCCAUGGAAGGUCGACAGCCUUAUUGUGCUCGUAUUCCGUAAACUGUGAUUCCAGUGAUGUGUCUGGUUGUAGCGUACGCCUGAGUGAUUUCUCACAAAGUUGCCUGUUUUGUGGGGUGUGCUUGGAACAAUAUUGUGUGUUGGACUAGUUUGAUGUUGUGAUAUGUUUUAGCAAGCUGUGGAUAGAUAUAAUGGUUUAUGAUGUGAAAUAUAUUUUAUGGAAAUCCGUCCA